CGAACGCGCACAGGCAAGCGUUCCUACCGCUGUCCUGAGUGUGGGAAGACGUUCGGGUGGAGCUCCAACCUUAUCCAGCACCAGCUGAUGCACACCGGCGAGCAGCGCUACCGCUGCGAGGAGUGUGGCAGGGCCUUCACCUGGAGAUCCAGCUUCACCCGACACCAGCGGACCCACACCGGUGAGAAGCCCUACACCUGCCCCCAGUGCGGGAAGAGCUUUGGGCAGAGCCACCGCCUCAUCCAGCACCAGCGGACCCACGCUGGCGAGAAUCCCUACAGCCGCAGGAAGACUGGGAAGAUCACCCAGAACUCCAACCUCGUCCCACCCCAGAAGCCCCACCACAGCCAUCGACCUCACCAGUGUGAGGAGUGCGGGAGGAGCUUCAUGUGGAGGUGUAGGCUCGUCCAGCAUCAGAAAACCCACACCAGCGAGCGGCCCUACCAGUGUGGGGAGUGCGGGAAGGGCUUCAGGCAGAGAUUUACCCUCAUCCAGCACCAGCUGACCCACACCGGCGAGCGGCCCUUCCACUGCACCGAGUGCGGGAAGAGCUUCAGGUGGAACUGCAACCUCAUCCAGCACCAGCUGACCCACACCAGCGAGUGGCCCUACCGCUGUGGGGAGUGCGGGAGGAGCUUCAAGCGGAGCUCCAGGCUCAUCCAGCACCAGCGGAGCCACACAGGGGAGCGCCCCUACCACUGCCCUGACUGUGAGAAGACUUUCAGGUGGAGCUCCAACCUCCUCCGGCACCAGCUGACCCACACUGGAGAGCGGCCCUACACCUGUGACCAGUGCGGGAAGAGCUUUGGCCAGAGCUCUGCCUUGACCGAGCACUUCCAGACCCACACCGGCGAGAAGCCCUACACCUGCCCUGAGUGUAGGAAGGCCUUCGCACGGACCUCCGACCUCCUCAAGCACCUCCGGACCCACACCGGGGAGAAGCCCUAUGUCUGCCCCAUCUGUGCUCGUGCCUUCAACCGCAGCUCCACUUUGGCCAACCACAAACGCACCCACAUUGAGGAUAAGACCUACGGCUGCAAGCACUGCGGCAAGCUCUUCCACUGCAAGAGUCUGCUCACCCACCACAUGAAGGACCACCACAAGGAGGACCUGGCGUGUGGCCCCUAG